AUGUCGCUUUACAAAGUAGCCGACGGUCUUCUUGGAACUCAUGUGACGUGGCAAGAAGUGGAGGAGGAGAUGCAGAAGGCGUUGGACACGAGUGUCACGUUUGGAGAGGAUAAGAAGGCCACGAAUAUUAGUGAUAUGAAGGUGAGAGACAUUAGAUUUUAUGGAUAGUUAUAGUAAUUGUUAUAGAACUUUUCAGGGUUUCAUGUCCAGAAUCGCACUGGUCGAGCCACAUUGGGUUGGAGGUUCGGAUGAAGAGAAAGAGAAACAAAAGCUUCCGGAAAAGUUCAUUGUGAAGAUCUCGUCCCAACUUCCGUUUAUCGAAAUGACCAAGCUUAUGGACUUUAACAACGAAGAGUUGUGGGUAGAUGAGAAGCUGGACGCAAUGGGAGAAGUGACGCGAAUGCUGCACAACCGAGAAGUCGCCACGUAUCGAUUGUUGAUGAGGGAGAACCAUCCGAACAUUCCGUUCACAAAGGUCUACGCGCUCAAGGAGUUCGAUGAGCACAAUCACCUCAAGGCGUACAUAAUUACCGAGUACGUGCCGAACGUGCAUCACAUCGGAAUGCACGACUGCAUUCCCGCUGCCGACAUUCUCCCGAUCGUCCGUGCCGUCGCCGCGUUCUCGGCCAUCGGAAUGAAGCUGUCGGAGGAGGAGACGAAAUUCGCGCGUGGUCCCGACUUUCUCGACGUUGUCCUCGGACAGUUUAUGGAUGAGAAGACGACGAAGAAGACGGAGGAGAUGAUGCGAAUGGCGUUUCCGGAAGAGUACUCGGAGGCCGUGGAGAAGAUGUUGAAGUACAAUCGGGAGUAUUACACCAAUCCGAAGAUGAUCGCCAAGUUCAAGCUGACGAGUCAGUUCUUCGGCUACACUCCAGUCAUGACCCAUUCCGACCUUUGGAGCUCCAACUUUUUGUGCACAAAAGACGGCGACAAAGUGAUCCUGAAGGCGAUAAUUGACUAUCAGGUGACUCCGAAUCGCACGUUUAUCACUUUUUCUUCUUCUUCAGACCGUCUCGUUCGCUUCGCCGGCACAAGACGUCGGACGUCUUUUCGCGGCGUGUUUAUCAAAGGAUGAUCGAAGAGAGAAGCAGGACUACUUGCUCAAAGAGUACUACAACACGUUUGUGGAGGAGCUCGACGGAAUUCCGGCGCCGUACACUUUGCAGCAGUUGAAAGACAGCUACGACGUCUAUUUCCCACUGAUGACCCUAUUUGUGCUUCCCGGAAUCGUUCCACUGCUCGAGCAUUUGAAUGUGAGCGAAGAGUGUCGGGAGUCGUUGAAAGAGGCGGCGAUGGACAAGAUGGUGGGCCUUCUGGAGGACGCCGUCAGCACUCACGAGGCCAGUUUUGAAAAGUUUCCCGAAUAUUUCAAGUUUUGA